AUGGAUGCUGUAGCUGUGGUUGGAUCUACACCUGCUCAAAAUAUGAUCACUAGAGCUUGCCAAUUAACUGUUUUUGGAUGCAUAUCAUCUCUCGCUGUCUUUUGGCUGAAAAAGUUUGCUCCAUCUGAAAAUUGGAAAACAUCGAAACACAAGUCUGUGAAUGGCGUCAUCAGCACCAUGCUUAGUGACGCCUUAUCGCAUUUUCUAUACGCUUGCCUCUUCUUUAUUGGUAUAAAAUCGUUAACGUCGAUUUCUCAAACCAUUGCGGUAGAAACACCUGCGGUCAAGUUUUCCUUUUUCCAUAGGUUUUCCAUCCGAUUUCUUCUCCCAGAAAUCAGUUUUGGCGACUACCUGGCCAUUGACAUCACCAUUUUUUUGUGUAAGGGCAUAUUUUCUUUCGUGAAAACCUUGUAUGGCCGCUGUUUCAAUUAUUGGGCAUAUGCCGCUUUCUCGGCGUUAUUUGCCCUUAUUUUCCCCUCUCUGCUCAUGGUGUCAUUAUCGGUACUAAAUCCGGUGCGAAUUUCCGGAAUCCUUCAUGCUGAUAUUAUGAUGUUCCUUUUGGCCAAUCUAAACGUCUACUUUGUUUGGCUCCUUAUUCCGAGCAUCUUUAUCUUUAAUAUGCUUCCGCUUACCGGGGAACUCAAUGAUCCCGUUAAAACUUUCCUUUACGGGCUGUUUGUAUGUGCCCUCGUUUACGUACCUUUAAAUGAUAUCCUUAGUGCCAUAAUAAAGGCUGGGGGCAUAGCGGCAAUAUCUGAAAACUCUCCGCUUGUUUUUCUUCUCCAUGCUAUAUUGUAUGGCCUCAUAUAUUCCUUCGGAUAUAAGACGCUAUUUAUGCUUAAUUCAUGCAUCAACUCAUACUUCGAUUCCGAAGUUGCUCCCUUCAACCCGGUUGCCGAUGACUUUUCAGGAUCUAUAGUUACGAUCUUUUCCGGCCCAUUUUUUAAAAUUAAGCACCCGUAA